CGAUUCCCCGCGUGCUGAUUCUCGUGAACUUCAUUCUUCUUUACUUGACCAUCACUCGAGUGUAUUGAAUAAGACACGCAAAAAUGAUACUCCCAAGAUCUGAAGAUUUACAGCAGUUGGCUGCUCGUUAUUAUAACAAUAAUUGUUAUUACAACAAUACCUCCAGCUAUUGCCACUCGUCAUGGUAUCGUUGGGGACGUUGGGUACUUGCAGGCAUCUUGAUCUUCAUCGGACUCAUCCUCGUCCUCCUCUUCCUAUGUCUCGCCCGACGUCGUCGUAGCAGAGCACGAAGAUACCAGACCACGCAAACACCGAUGACUGCCCCAGCGAACGGAGGAUAUUACAAUAACAACCAGGGCUACAAUGCUCCGCCGGGUCCACCUCCACCAACCUAUGGUCAACCACAAUAUGAGAAUAAUGGAUACUAUGGACAGCAGACUGGCGUCGCGCAGCCUCAGGGUGCGUACGUGAAAUAGAGAGGGCGGUAAUGCACUGAGAGAUGGAAUGGGAGGUAGGAGAUUGUACAAAUAUUGAUGAAGGCGGAUAGAGUGGUCUGGGUUCUCGUGGGACAGGCGUAUUCGGCGUCUCAAUACCGAUAUGUAACAUUCUAGUUAUAUUUAUUCUGUCAAUGUAAUGCGC